AUGUCGACAUCGGAAAGCAAGAGAAAAUCUUCGAAAAAAGAUGAAAAGAAAGUGCCGGAUGAAAUUCCGAUCGAAGAGGUUCACACGGCUAAUAACUGGGAAGGUGCUGAUCUUGGUGAUGAUCAACGAAAACAAAAGUUUCUCCGUUUGAUGGGCGCAAAAAAACGCAAAGAUGAAAGUGGAACAAGCAGACAAAGCUCGAAUGAAGAUCAACCUGAUGAAGAUGUUUCACCCGAGAAGAAGCAUUGUCGUUCAAAGACCGAAACUGAGACGAUCAAUCGCGAGUUGGAACAACAAUUCAAUGAAGGUUUACAAUCAAAAAUUAAUCACACACAUCAUGGUGGUUUAGGUUUUCAUGGUGCGGACAAAAGUGGAGCGUCGAGUUCAGGCGAUUGGCAACGUCAGCCAACGAAAGCGAUCUUUGUGCCAGCGAAAACCGAAGAAGGAUCAUCUAUGGACCAUAUCGUCGUAGAAAAAGAAGAAGAAAAGUCGAAAGAUAAACAAGAGAAAAAGAAGAAACGAAAGUCAUAA